GAAGAUAUUAUUUUUUGAUCCACAAUUGGGGAUGGAUGAUAUUCAACACCUCCAUCAAUAAAACAAAUAAAAUGCUUCUUUUCACCUCCAUUUUCCCAUUUCACCUCUCUUUGAUCUCCAAUCCCCAACCCCCAUUCUCCCUCCAGCCUUGACUCCUUUAUGGUAUUUGAUUGAUCUCAUUGAGGCAGUUUUCAGCUAUAUAGAUAUAUUGUACAUAUUAACAGAUUACUGUUUGAUGUGGUUAAUCAAUAUUAUACCAUUUUGGGGAUAAAGGUUCGGUUCUGCGAUCCAUCAUGGCUGCGGCGAAUAAAUUUAUGCAUCAUUUAUCAAUGGCCGCUUGCGAGUGGUUCUUGAUAUUCUUAAUGUAUAUGGAUGCUGCAUUAGGGCUUAUUUUGACCAAAUUCGCGCGUCAAUGCGAAUUACAACCACCUUGCUUGUUUUGCUUCCGGUUCGAUCAUGUUUUCGGAGAGAAACCGGAUGCGUAUUUGAGCCACUUUUGUAAUAAACACCGAGGUGAAGUUACGUGUCUGGUCUCGUGUGAUCUUCAUCGUAAGCUUUCGGACGUACGAGAAAUGUGCGAUGAUUGUUUCACGUCAAUAACGAAGCAAAAACCGGGGUAUUUGAAACCGCUGUUGAAUAAGAAUUUCGUUCGUGCGCCUUCGAGUACGGGGUCAUGUUCGUGUUGUGAACGACAGUGGAAACCGAAACCAAGAAGUCAGAUGAAGUUAGGGGUUCCGAAAGUUACCAUGCACCCUCCGUUACCGCUAACCAAGGGUCGGGGUCGGGGUCGGCCCGGUGGCCGGUUUCGUCGGCGGAAUUAUUUUAGUAAGGCCCGCGAUAAGAUUUCCGGAACCGUGACUCCUUGCUUUGUUGAUACUAAUAUCCGCGCGGGCGCUGACAUGGACGCGUUGUCCGAUUCGGGCUGUGCGGAUCUUAAGUUCAAUUCGUGUUCGGGUUCCGAAUCCGGAGAUUCGUUUUACGAGAUUGAAUGUGAAAACGAGAAUGAUUCUCGUAUUGUUAUACAUCAACGUUCCAAUAGUGUUCCUAUUCUCGAGCCUUCCCUACUGAACGGAAUCCAUAACAAGAGUUUAGUGAGUCCUCUAUCUUCGACAUCCACUAUUCUUGAGCCUCCACUACUGAACGGAACCCGUAACGAGAGUAUCGCGAGUCCUCUAUCUUCGAUAUCCACUAUUGGUGAGCCUCCACUACUGAACGGAAUCCGUAACGAGAGUAUCGUGAGUCCUCUGUCUUCGACAUCCAGCGAUUCAACUUCAACCGUGCAUGAUGUGAAAGAAAACGGGUCUCCAGAAGUUGGUAACGAAACUAGUUCGUUAAAUCAAGAUUUGCAUUCUUUUAACGGUGACGAGGUGUCACCUUGUUCGGAUAAACACGAAGGUUUCGAAUCUCCGGGCGCGCACAGUGCGCAGAGUGUAGGUGAAAUCAACGGUGAUUGCGACAUCGAAAAGCUAAAACGACAAAUGGAACAUGAUCAAGAACAAUUGCGUUUAUUACACAAGGAACUAGACGAAGAACGAAACGCUGCCGCAAUAGCUGCUGACGAGGCGAUGGCGAUGAUUACACGAUUGCAAGAAGAAAAAUCCGCGUUACAUACCGAAGCGUUGCAGUACUUAAGAAUGAUGGACGAACAAGCGGAAUACGAUAUGGAAGCGUUAGAUAAAGCUAACGAUCUUGUUACCGAGAAAGAGAAAGAGAUUCAAGAUCUAGAAGCCGAGCUGGAAUAUUUCAGAAGCCGAUACGACGACGAAAUGAUCACGGGGGACACUCCGGUUAAUUUCAAAGAAAAUCAUACGGAAAAUGGGAAAAUCGAAUCUUUAUCUAUAUCUUCUUCCUGUUUAAAAUCUACGAAUACGUUCGAACCGAGGGUCAAUAAUCUUCCGGUUUUAGAUCUUGAAGAUGAAAAGAAACACGUUUUACAGUCUUUAUCCGAGUCGGAGAGGAAAUAUCACCAAUUGUCUAAUGGUGGCGAUAAACCGUCGCAACAAAAUGAGAUCGAUAUGCGCACACUUGAGAAUGAAAUAUCGGAUCUUAGUGAAUGGUUAGAAGCGCUCGAAUCUGAUCGGGAUUUUCUUGAGCAUGCUUCUAACACGGUCCAGAGUCACGUGGGAUUGGAAUUUAUUCAAGAAAUAGCUCAACACUUGCAUGAUAUGAGGCGGAUUCGGUUUGAUAGACGAUGCCAAACUGUUGAUUGAAGCUACAUCCUUCAACAACGUCGAGGGGUGGAUCUACACGCGGGGUAUGUAUAAAACCGUCAAAUGAUGUUUCAGAUUCAUGCCGGAAAGGUGUGGACAUUGAUGAACAUUUUCAUCUUGCUUAUGAUUCUUGAUGCAAAGAUCAUUACUUUUUUCAUCAAGAAGAAGUUGGGAAAGAAGCCUAUACCUUGUUCUUGAUCCAUUGCAGCAGUUUAUACUACAAGAAAAACCGUUGUUGUAGCCAAGUAUAUUCUUUGAAAGAUAGUGUAGUGUAUAUUUUUGUUUCUAUCGAGUGUUCUCUCCAUAUCUUAGUCCCGGGCUUCUGUCAUUAUAGAACGAUAUGUGCAAACGCAUAUGAUGUAUAAACAGAAAAUUCUUUCUUUUCGAUCGAGAAUCUAAAGUCUUCUUGAGUGAAAUUUCGAAUAUGUUGUACUUCUUUAGUGCAGUUAGAAGUUUAUUAUAACAUUUUGUUUCAUUAUAAUCUAAAGUCUUCUUGAGUGAAA